GUUAAGCCCCCUGAUCCCCCUCGUUACCCUCGAUUGGGACGGAGUAAGGGGAGGAAAUGAUCGAGAUGGCGGCGGAGAAGGAGCCGUUUCUGGUGCCGGCCCCGCCGCCGCCGCUCAAAGAUGAGUCGAGCGCAGGGGGUGGCCCCACGGGGCAAUCGCACCGAGAGGCCGCCUCCGGGCAGCUCCGCGGCCGGACGGAACGCGGGCCGGGCCCUCGCGUACACACGGCGGGGUCCCCUGCUUCUGAGGCCGGCAAGGAGAGCCCCGGGGCUGCCUCCACCCCUCGGGGCGGGCUGUUGCAACAGCAACGAGGGGCCGGCCCCCAAGCGCAGUCACAAGGGGAAGCCAGCUUGUCGGAUCCCCACGGGCGAGCAGCUCCCCCAGAGGUGGGGGAGGAGCGACGUGGGGGCGGAGGAGGUACAGAAAUGUGCCCCCCUGCUCCUCCUCGACCUCGUAAUGGCUACCAGCCUCACAGGCCCCCAGGGGGCGGUGGGGGCAAGAGGAGAAAUAGCUGUAAUGUAGGGGGAGGUGGCGGAGGUUUCAAACAUCCGGCCUUCAAAAGGCGCAGGCGAGUUAAUUCGGACUGUGACUCGGUGUUACCUUCCAACUUCCUUCUGGGGGGCAAUAUCUUUGAUCCACUAAACCUGAAUAGUCUUCUGGAUGAGGAAGUGAGCCGGGCGCUCAAUGCGGAGACCCCUAAGUCAUCCCCACUUCCGGCCAAAGGGCGUGAUCCAGUGGAGAUCCUCAUCCCCAAAGAUAUUACUGAUCCACUCAGUCUCAAUACUUGCACUGAUGAGGCCCAAGUAGUUCUUGCUUCACCACUCAAGACUGGUCGGAAGCGCCAUAGACACCGGGGACAGCACCAUCAACAGCAGCAGGCAGCUGGAGGGAAUGAUAGCCACUCCACCACGCUGCCUCCAACCCCUCUCACCCCUUCGCUUCAUGGGGAGGGAGCCCCGCAGCAGGGGCUGAGAAGCCAGAACCGAGAUGCACCCCAGCCCUAUGAACUCAACACAGCCAUCAACUGCAGGGAUGAGGUGGUGUCUCCCCUCCCAACUGCCCUCCAGGGUUCCACAGGCUGCACUUCACUCCCUCCAGCUGCCUCACUUACCCCUGCACCCACGUCUUCCUCCUCACGGCAUCGCAAACGUCGCAGGACUUCCAGCAAGUCGGAGGCAGGGGCCAGGGGUGGAGGCCAGGGUCCCAAGGAAAAAGGCAAAGGGAGUUGGGGAGGCCGCCACCACCACCCUCUGCCUGCAGCAGGCUUCAAAAAGCAGCAACGCAAGUUCCAGUAUGGGAAUUAUUGCAAGUACUAUGGGUACCGCAACCCUUCUUGUGAGGAUGGGCGCCUUCGGGUGUUGAAGCCAGAGUGGUUUCGCGGCCGGGACGUGCUCGAUCUGGGUUGCAAUGUGGGCCAUUUGACCCUGAGCAUUGCCUGCAAGUGGGGCCCAUCCCGCAUGGUGGGCCUGGAUAUCGAUGCCAGACUCAUUCACUCAGCCCGCCAGAACAUCCGACACUACCUGUCCGAGGAGUUUCGUCUCCCACCCCAGACUCCUGAGGGGGACCCAGUGGCAGAGGGUAGGGAAGGGACCACCACCAUCCGAAAGAGAAGCUGCUUCCCGGCCUCAUUGACAGCCAGCCGAGGUCCCAUUGCUGCACCCCAAGUGCCCCUGGAUGGAGCGGACACCUCAGUCUUCCCCAACAAUGUUGUCUUCGUCACGGGUAACUAUGUGCUGGAUCGGGACGAGCUGGUGGAGGCCCAAGCACCUGAGUAUGAUGUGGUACUCUGCCUCAGUCUCACCAAGUGGGUACAUCUGAACUGGGGAGAUGAGGGGCUGAAGCGCAUGUUUCGCCGAAUCUACCGGCACCUACGCCCUGGUGGCAUCCUGGUCCUAGAGCCCCAACCUUGGUCGUCCUACGGCAAGAGAAAGACUCUCACUGAAGCAAUCUACAAGAACUACUAUCGAAUCCAGCUGAAGCCAGAGCAGUUCAGUUCCUACCUAACGUCGCCAGAAGUAGGCUUCUCCAGCUAUGAACUGGUGGCCACACCCAAAAACACCUCCAAAGGUUUCCAGCGUCCGGUGUACCUGUUCCACAAGGCCUCUUCCCCUAGCCACUAAGUGGUCUCCUGAACAAAAAAGGAAGAAGCUGCCCGCUGCUCCUGAGAACCUGGGGGAAGAGGAAAGUCUCCCAAGGUCUUUCCUUUCUGGCUCCAAAAAAAAAUUUCCUUUCUUGGAUCUGCAGAGAAAGCUUUUCCUAUGUUGCUGCCUCAGUCUCCUUCCUCCACCUCUGGCACCUAAGCAGUGAGCCCAGCUGUGCUGAAGUUGCCACGUUCUCCUCCCCUCAGCCUGCUGGGCUGGAUGGCAUGGACUGUUUGACUUGUUCUCCUAGGGCAUGGGAGGUAGGGGUAUCAA